AGUGAGGACAUUGGCUACGUGCUAUACUCGGCUCUUGGAUCCUUCUACAUCCCGAGCUGCAUCAUGGUAUUCGUGUACAUCCGGAUCUACUUCGCGGCCAAGGCGCGAGCAAGGAGAGGAAUUCGGAAGCAGCCUCGACCUCGUCAGCCGCAGGAAGAGAAGUGCACGAGUUUCAGCACAGUACCUACUCAGGGAGCAGUUGGUGGGGCAGGUAGUGGUGACGGUAACAAACAAGUAGUGGGUGCUAGUGGUGAUGUAAACAGUAACUCUCCCAUGAGGAACGUGGUGGUGGAGGGAGGAGUGACGCUUGAACAUGGGGGAAUAGCUACAAUAGCAACACAGCCUCCACAGCCAAUGGCAAUUCCGAUAGUGACUUGUGACUUCGCGUCAGAUAUCAGUACAAGUGAUAACGCGGACGGAACGACUGGACAGGAGAACGGCGACGGUGGUGGAUAUUUAGAAGCUCCUAAAGACACGUUAAAAGUAAUGGGCACUGGGACGAUGAUGUCUAUGCAGAAACACCCCCUGCAAGUGUGCCAGUUUCGUGGUUCUACUCUGUCCGUCAACGGUGACCUGGCACAGCAACAGGCAGCUAUGACACGGUGCAGGGCGCCAAGUGUUGGCAUCGACACGGACAUGGUUAGCGAGUUCGAUCCCUCGUCGUCCGACUCCGGAGUAGUCAGUCGAUGUGCCGUUGUUAAGCCUCUGAAGUUGAGACUAUGUCAGCCCAUAUUUGGACGGCGCGCAACGUCAAAAGCGAAAAGGCAGAUGAUCGAUAUGGGCAAAGCCUCUCCUGGUCACGGAAAUCAUCCGGGAAGUGAUGGAAAUAUUACAGAAAACGUUCCCAGAAUUCAGAAACCACGCGAUCCAGAGAGAGAGAAGAGGAGGUUAGCGAGGAAAAAAGAAAAGCGGGCAACGUUAAUUCUGGGUUUGAUAAUGGGUUCCUUCAUCGCCUGUUGGCUUCCUUUCUUCUUUCUUUAUAUCCUGACACCGAUGUGCGCAUGGUGCCAGGUACCUGACCGAGCCUUCGCCACCGCUUUCUGGCUCGGUUACAUGAACUCUGCCCUUAAUCCCGUCAUUUACACCAUUUUCAACAAGGAUUUUCGUCGUGCGUUUCGAAGGAUCCUGUUUAAGUGAUGUUUGUUUGUGGUUUUCUGCUGGCUGUGCGCCAGAGUAAGGCGUGCAGACGGUAGAGACAGACCCACAAAACACAAGAAAAAGAAGAAAAAAGAAGAUAUUCGGAGAUGAUAAAACGAAAUAAAAGAUAUCAUUUUAAUCCUCUAAAAUUCUGGCGCAGUCC